AUGCGCUCCUCGGUCACACGUCUCUCACAGGCAGCACGCACAGCAGCUGGAUCUGCUGCGAUAUCAUCGUCGACUCCAGGUCCAUACUGCUGGGUCAACCCCGCGGCGCCUAGUAGCUCCUCGUCUGGUCCUCUCGCUGGCCGCUCCAUCGCUAUCAAGGACAACAUUUCCUUCAGUGGAGCCCCAACAUCAUGCUCGUCCAGAAUCCUUGAUGGCUACGUGCCGCCGUACGAUGCCACAUGUGUCCAGCUCCUGACGGCUGCUGGAGCGCACAUUGCGGGCAAGGCCAAGAUGGACGAAUUUGGCAUGGGCUCGUUGACGACACACAUGCCCACGUCAUACUCGGCGGUGCACAACCCCAGCGGGCCCGAUGGUGAUGCCGAGCCCAGAUAUGCCGGUGGCAGUUCGGGUGGCUCGGCCGCAGCGGUGGCAGAAGGCACUGCUUGGGCUGCCCUCGGUACCGAUACUGGCGGCUCGGUGCGCCUCCCAGCGUCGUACUGUGGUAUUGUGGGCCACAAACCCUCGUACGGGAUGAUCAGUCGCCACGGCGUCGUGUCCUAUGCCGACUCGCUCGACUGUGUCGGUGUGCUUGCCAAGUCUGUCUCGAGCGUUCGCGACGUGUUUGGCGUCGUCUCCCAGCCCGACGACAACGACAUGACCUGUGCUAGUACCGAGGACAGGGAAAAGGCCGCCACUGCAGCGUCCAAGGUGACUGGACCUCUGAGGAUCGGUAUCCCCAUCCAGACUCACCUCGAGGCCCCCAACGUCCAGCUCCCGACCGCCCUGCUAGAGUACCUCCGCGACACUGGCGCAACACUGCACGCCGUCGACAUGCCGAGCUUCCGCAUGGCCCUCCCGGCGUACUAUGUCCUCGCCACAGCCGAGGCCGCGUCCAACCUGGGCCGCUUCGGUGGAGGUUGGUACGGCGCAGACUGGGAAAAGGAGAAAGUUGAGGGAGAGGAGACGGGGAUGCAGCGUCGUCGUCGCAUCCGCACCACAGGUUUCGGCGACGAGGUGCGCAAGCGUAUCCUCGCAGGAACACACGCGCUCACGGCCGACGCGUUCAACAACUCAUACCUCAAGGCAUUGAGUCUGCGGCGUGACGUCCGUCGCGACUUUGCGGCUGUGUUCCGUGCCGCGCAUCCUGUGUCAGGCGGUGACGCGCCGUCAAAGGACGGUGUCGACGUGCUCCUCUUCCCAACUGCAGUGCGGACCGCGCCGAAAUUCGGCCAAGCGAGCAGCGGCGCAAAGGAGUAUCUCCAGGAUAUCCUCACUGUGCCCGCCAGUCUGGCGGGUCUGCCUGCCAUCUCGGUCCCGGCAGGAAGGGCCGAGGACGGCUGGCCCAUUGGCGUGAGCCUGGUGGGCCAGUGGGGCCACGACGAGGUCGUCUUCCGCGCCGCGGAGGGUGUGGAGGCGUGGCUCAAGCAGUAG